AUGGAUGAUACAACAUCUUCUUCUGAUGUUGAUGUUGGAGAAAUACAGUCUUCAUUUGGUAAUUAUAAUAAUACUUCUACAAUAUCAUUUCCUGAUAAAUUAGCUAGACUUGAAGCUGAUCUUAAAUUAGCAUAUGAAUUAAUAAAAGAAAAAGAUUUAAAAUGUAAACAUUUAGAGGAGUUGCAAAAAAAAGUUGAUUCAGAAGUACAAGAGUUAACAGAACAAUUAUUUCAGGAAGCUUAUAGAAUGGUUAAUGAUGCUGAGGAACAAAGACAUAAAGCUGAAAUAUUAUUGGAACAGUCACAAUUAAAAGUAACAACAUUAAGUAAUGAAGUUGAUGCAUUGAAAUCAAUUAUAAAAUCAUUACAAGAAAAUAAAACAUCAAAACUUAUACAAAGACAAAAAAAUUUAUUUAUGUCAACAUCAACAAGUUCACCAUCUUUAUCAUCAAUUAAUGCUGCUGAAAAUGAUCAUUCUCAUGUUAUUCAUAUAAUAGAUCCAACCUAUCAUAGAGAAUUUAUUCAAUGGAAAAAUCAAGGAAUGAUUAUAGAUGAAAAAUGUCAAUUUUUAAAAACUAUUAUAAAUGAAGAUAUUAAUCCAUGUUUAUUUUUUGAAAAUCCAGAAAUAUCAACAAAAAUUUAUAAAGCAAUUGUGGCAAAUACAAUAGAUAUUGAAUUAGUAUUCGAUGACAAUGAAAUAAUAAGACAAUGUGCUUUCUUAAAAGUUCAAUUACCUUGCCCAUUCAGAAUUCGUCUUAGUCCAGAGGAAGACUGGAAAUUUAUAUCUGUACUAGCAAGAAAUCGUGUCGCAGCUGUUUGUGAUUUUUUUACAUAUUUACGUUACUUAAUUCAUGGAAUUGUCAAAACUAAUAUUUCAUCUAGUUACAAAGAAAUUAUACAUUUAAGAAAAAAUAUGAUGAUGGCUCGGUUAGGUUUACAAUUUGAAUCACAAAUUAUGAAUAAUUCAAAUAAAAAUUCACGUGAAAAUAAUAAAGAAUUUAAUGUUUCAUACGUCUAA